AUGGCAGCCAUCCAGCAGUCGCUUCGGGACCACCUGCUCUACGCAUCGGGAUACCUCAAGGGCAGGUCCUUCACCGUCCCGACCAGCUUCUCCCAACUGUACGGCGUCACGGUCGCUAGGUUCACCAAUCUGCUGUCGCUGCCACUGCCCUUCCUCUCCUUCUUGGCGCUGCCAGUACUCGGUACCUCGACCACCACGAUCAAUCUCGUCUUCUUCUACCUCACGUGGUCAGCGCUAGUCCUGAGCCACGACCAGCUCACCGUCGAACUGUACGGCACCUUGGCGAUCCGUCUGCUCUGCUUCGUCCUGCCAGCCUGCGGAUUCCUCGGCUUCGACUGUCUGCUCCCGUCCCUUUCCAAAUCCUUCAAAAACCGUGGCGCCAGCCAAUCGCCGCUCCGGUUGGGUCGGAAGAAGCUGUUGGAGAUUGUUGGUUUUAGCCUCCUGAAUGUUUGCCUUGCGCUCGUGUUGCAAGCCGCCCUGGAGUUCUUCUUCACCGACAUUCUUCGGACGAAGAGCAUUCUAAAAGUCACAUCAGCAGUGCCGUGGCCUCUGACGAUCCUCAAAGACGUGGCAAAGGGCUUCGCGAUCCGCAGCAUCGUGAGCUAUCUGGUCCAUCGGUUCCUGCUGCACACCUACGAUUCGCCUCUGAAGACCUGGCAUCUCCAAUGGCAGCACAGCGUGCGAUUGCCGUUCAGCUUGGUCGCGGCGUAUGAUCACCCAGUCAACUACCUUUUAGGCCAGUGGCUGCCGACGUAUCUGCCUGCUUAUCUCUUCCGCUUCCACGUCCUGACGUGGCACCUCUUCAUUGCCCUCUGCAGUCUCGAAGAGCUGUUCGUGUAUUCGGGCUAUGCCGUCCUGCCUUCGAGCAUUGUCCUGGUGGGCAUGGCGCGUCGGACUGACGAACAUUUCGACGUUGUCUACGAUGGCAAGGAAGCCGGCAAUUUCGGCCGCUUCGGGAUUCUCGACUUCGUGUGCGGCACUACCUGCGCGAAGGAGGAUGACGCUGUCGACGACAUUCAAGCUGAAGCCGAAAAGCACAAUGUGCAGGACCGCGCCGAGGGCGUCAUGGAUGGCAUAGUGUCUGGUGUGAAAGGCAGGAAGAGACCGAACACCCGUGCCCAACGCAAGAAGAGUUAG